CGAGUGGCGUGUUACGAAUGGGUCAAGUUCAAAUACAGUGGUUUACAGCGUAUUAUUAAUGGUUUUAUUUAUUUUUUAUUUUUUUUUUACGAAUGAAAGAAAAAUUGAAGUCAUUAUCUACAACGAGGCUGUGUAUUAGAGGAAAAAAAAAAACGUGUUUCCUGCAGUGAAGUUUGUUUGCAUCCCGUUUGUUGUUCGACUUUGAGUGACAACACGCGGCUGAAAAAUGGCUGCAGCUCCUCCUCCACCACCACCCCUUCCUCCACAGAAAGUAUCCCUGACUCCUAGGCGCUGCGAUCCACCAGUCCCUCAGCAUGCGGCCAUGCCCUACUUUUUUGAUGAGGACCACCCAGUCCAGGAGACAAGUCCUGCACUAGGCGCCCAAAAUGGCAUUCAGGCAGCAGCUGAUCCACAGGCGCAACCUCAAACCACCUCUCCACCUCCACUGCUCCCAGGACAAGCAGGCGGUCCCUCUGGUCCUGAGGACAAAAAGUGUCCCGUCCAGGAAACUGACCCAGCACCACAAGCUCAAAAUGGUUCACAGGUAAACCUUGUCCAGCUUCAAGGAGCUGCAGGGGCCGCAGGACAGAGGGCCGACAUGACGGUAAACACUCUGAUGGACCAGGCUGGAGAGGACUGACGGACCUGAGACGUGUUACUUGACAAUUGUCUCAAUGUAACUUGGUACAUUGAGGUACUUAAUAUUGUGCACUGGGUGUAUACCUUAAUUACUCUCUCAUUAAGGAUGCUUUUGAGAAUCUAUCUGUCUAUCUAUCUAUGUGUCUGUCUGUCCUUCUAUCUAUAAUUUACAUAUUUAUAUGUAUUUGGUCAGUUGCAAUUUUUAGAAGUCAUUGCACAUCAAGAAUUUUAAAAUGCAAAUACCAAAUUAAUACCAAGUAUAGCAUGGAGAUGGCUUUCUCCCAUUGAAAAUAAUUAUGUGUAUGAAAUUAUUGUAAUUCUUUUUAAUUUAAAAAAAAAAAAAAGGGAGAAAUAGCUUUAUAUGCUUAGGACCAAACACUAGUGCAUCACUUUAGAAAACGAUGCAAUAUUUGGCAAUAGGAUGCUUUAAAAUGCUGUUGUGUGAUGGCCCACAUAACAUUAUUUUUCUCAACUUUGUAUACUUGAUAUUUGAUGCACUUUGAGACCAAAUGAAAUUUUUGGUACUA